AUGUCCAACACCGUUGCCGAAGCCGUCCCAGCCACCCAACCUGCCGUCCAAACCCCGGCCGCUGUCGACACCACCGCCGAGCCAGCCACUCAGAACAAACGGUUCAGCAACGUUCAGAAGACUGUUGGCUCCAAAGCAAAGGCGUUCCUCGAUGCUUUCCACACCGCGGGUGAACACAUCCGUGGCAACAUUAAUGCUGCCCUCGACGGAGCCGGUGACGCUAUUGCAGGGCGAAAGGCUGGAAAAGUAACUGGUCGCAAGUCUGGCGAACAAGCUUCGCGAACCAUUGAACCCACUGUUCCCGCUACCACCGAGCCUGCCGUUGCAAUUGCUGCUACCGCCCCCGCUGCAGCUGAAACAAAUGCUACUGGUGAGGCCACCGCUGCUCAGCAACCCGAUGAGAAAAAGUUUGUUGUCGGCCAAUUCAUCAACACUAGCUUCAAGCGCACCGCCACCCUGGUACACCGCGUCGGCGGAUCAUUGAGGUCCAAGAGUACCAGCACCGUCGACUCGCUUGGCAACACUCUUUCUAACGGCAAACAACGUGCCUCUCGCCGCUUCAGCCGUGCACCCAAGGUUGCUGACGGUACAGUAGUCGAAGAAUCUUCAGCCACCGCUACCCCAGUGCCUGCCGAAGCCCCUCUCGCCGCCGCACCGGCAGCCGCCACGACAGCUUAG